CCCUGUCUCGCCUUCCCUGCGUAGUGCAAAACGUGUGAUGCUCUGACUCGCUCGCGAGAGUCUCAGCUGCCUGUUCUGCCCUUACGAUCGAGUUCUGCAGGAAAGAGAGAGCGGCAGGAAUGGAGAAGACAGAGGGGCUCUCCCCACAACAGCGAGCUCUGUACCUCGAGAAGGGUUACCUCGUAAUCGAAGACUUCCUGACGGAGACGGAAGUGGUGGACCUGAUGGAAGCAUGCAGUCGCAUAGUCGAUAGCAUCGACCCGGAGGAGAAAGCUGUUCGAUUCUCCACCGUCAAUCAGGUCCAACGUCUGGUGCGGAAACUGGAAGAGAAAGAGGGGUACUUCAUCACUAGCGGGGACAAGAUCCGCCAUUUCUUCGAAGAAGAUGCUUUGGACGAAAACGGUCGCCUAAAAGUGGACAAGGCUCUGAGCAUCAAUAAAAUCGGACAUGCCCUCCAUUGGUUGGAUCCCGUCUUCAAAAAAUACACCUUUUCCGAGAAAGUGAAGAAUUUCGCGAAAUCCCUGGAUUACGUACGUCCCAUGGUCGUCCAAAGCAUGUACAUUUUCAAACAGCCAACUAUGGGAGGCUACGUGAUUCCUCACCAAGAUUCCAGUUACCUGUACACAGAGCCACCUACGGCAAUGGGGUUUUGGUUGGCCUUGGACGACGCCACUCUCGAGAAUGGGUGCCUUUGGUUCUGGCCGGGUUCACAUCUCAAGUUCCCGGAAAUGAAGAGAAGAUUCGUGAGAUACACGGACGAAAACGGAAAAGUCCGUGUGACCUACAAGGGCGACGAGGACAAUAAAGUGCCGGAAUCGGAGUGGGUCCCUGCGCCCGCCAAACGGGGUUCGUGCGUCCUCAUUCACGGAGGGGUGUAUCACAAGAGCGAGAAAAAUCUUUCGCCGAAGUCUCGCCAUGCCCACACGUUCCACAUCAUCGAAGGCGCUACGUCGCAAUGGUCGCCCGACAAUUGGCUUCAACCGACGGAUCAAGUCCCGUUCAUCCCACUUUACGAGAACUGAACGCAUCGUUUCGUUCGCCUCGAAUGCCUUCCGAUUCGAUUUCAUGCUGUUUCGUUGCAUGGUCAGUAAAAGGAUUCGUACCCACUGC